ACCUGAGCCGCACCCAUCUACCUGCUGCUGGUCUACUGCAGAGACAGCACCAACUCACCUGGCGCCACAGCUAAACCACAGAGGGGCCUGAAUGGAGGCAUGAGCUGACAUGGAGCACGCGGUCACCGGGACAACACCCUUCGGCAACGGCAGCGGCUAUGCCAUGAUGAUGGUGCUGCGCUGGCGGGAGGAGGAGGCGGGGACCGUCGCCGACGACAACACGCCGGACCUCCUGUUCCUGCUGCUGCUGAAGGUGGCGCUGAACGCCCUGAUCCUCUCCACCUGCUCCUUCCGCCUCGGCUGCAGUGUCAUGGGAGCCUGCGCCGGCUCAGUGGUGCUGGCCGACGCGUUGCUGCUGCUCGGGGAGGCCCACGUCUGGGCCUUCAGCCAGCGCCUGGACUCCUCCAUCUCCACCUGCUUCAUCCUGGCCCACGCCUCCUCUGUCUACUCCAGCCUGCCCCUGCCGGCGAUGCUGCUGGGGGCGCUGGACUGCGUGGUGCACCCGCCGCGGCCGGGUUCCAGGCCCGCGUCCCCCGCCAGGGCCGUCUGCAGCUGCCUGCAGGUGCUCCUCAUCUGGGUGCUGGCCUGCGGUUUCUCCUACAGUGGCACCUGCACGGAGCUCAUUGAGGUCAGGUACAGCGGCGUCCACACGGCCGUGCUCUGCCCGGUCCGCGAAAGCGCCGUCAUCACUUACUCCUGCGUGGCCCUGACGCUGGCCAUUUCCGGAACUCUCCUCUUCUUCUGGAGGGAGGUGUCCCUUUGCCUGCGGGAUGCUUUCACCAUGUGGAGGAGCCCUGAGCCGGCCUUGCUCCAAAGCGACCUACCCUUCACCUACAGGAAGGACCACCAAGGCGAGGAGAAAGGCGCGGAUGCAGCUCAUUGGUCCCCGCAGCAGUGGGAGGAGCCAGGGCCGCAGCCUCGCUCGUCCGCGCUGCUCAGCCUGGCGCUCGGCUUCUCUCUCAGCUGGGCACCCUUCCUGCAGCUCAGCACUGUCUGCUGGCUGCUGGGCUUCAGCGUUCCCUCCUACAUGACCGUCAACCUGCUCUGGCUCCUGUGUGUCGACAGCCUCCUGACGGGGGCGCUGUGCUGGGCCCGGAGCGAGCAGCCGGGGCUCUGUGCGGACCUCCUGGAUGACACCUACUCCUGGAGCCUCCAGGGGCACCCACCCCGGGACAUCUACACCCUCACAGGCCGGGACCAGGAGCGGCUGCUGCAGGUGUGAGUCCCGCCCGGGCACAGGGCCUCUCUCCCCGACAUCAGGACUGGAGAGACAGCCUGCCCCCAUAGCAGUAGAGGCCUGAGUGACUGGCAGUAAAUAGCACUGAGUGACUAGCGGAUG